AUGCUCAAAAAGGACUUACUCAUUUCAAAACUGGACUCUAUUCUCGGACCCAAUGUCGUCUUGAAGGAUAAAGAAGAUUUCUUAACGAAGUUGACCAACAUGGUGGAGGAUGGUGUUUCCAACCUGCAGUUCGUCACGGACUUUGACGACACAAUAACUAAACACAUCGUGGGCGGUAAGUGUGGAGCGACUUCCUUCGACGUGUUUCGAGGAGCCAAGACUUUCACCCAGACUUACAGUGAUAGGGUCGAUGUUUGCCUUUCAAAGUUGAAGGAUAAUUUGUUUAACUCUAAGGCCGAGCAAGACCAGCAGGAGGAAAUUGACUCAAGGAUCUGUGACGUGUACGCCUGCAGCGUUGGGGAGAAGGUGGCCAUCCCCGACAUCCACGAGGCAGCUGAGCGGAUCAUCAUCCCCCUGAAGGAUGACUGCAAGGAGUUACUGUCAUUGCUCUCAGAACUUAAGGUGCCCUUGACCGUAGUUUCCGUUGGACCAGGUGAAGUUAUCGAACACAUUCUGAAAGAGUACAAUCCUAAAGUGGUUGCCAACUACGUGACUUUUAAAGAUGACGUAAUCACAGACUUGAGACAACCGUCCGUGGGUAUGUACAACAAACACGAAUUCCCUCUUCCGGUCGAUGCUGAUAGAAGCAAUUUCAUAGUGAUAGGGGACUUUGCUUGGGACUCUAAAAUAGCCGAUAAUGUAAAAAACAAGAAAAAUGUACUUAAGAUUGGGUUCUUUUACGGAAGGAGGGAUGACACCAUUAAGGAAUAUCUCAAUUUCUUCGACGUUCUUCUGUUACAUGACGAAACCAUGAAUGUGCCACUAAACAUACUUAAGUUAGUGGCAGACAAGACUGAACCAAAUUCUUUUCAUAAGGGAUAA